GACACAAUUAGACUUACAAUUUCUCAAUUUAUUACUAUUAGUAACAGAUUGAUAUUUUAUCCUGUUUACCCUAGAAAAGGUUUACUGUAUAAAAAAAAAUAUCAUAUUGAAAUUGAAAAAGAUGUCUUGACAGAUAAUUCAGAACUAUGUAGAGAUGUAAAAAGAGUUGUCAAG